AUGUCCAGGAGAAGAUACAUGAAAACUUCAACACAAAAGAAGAACUUCAAAAAGAAAAAAGAGAUGGACAGCAGUGUAGGGAUUGUUGGGAAGGACUUUGUGUUGUUUGCAACUGACGGAAGCAGUGGGCGUGGGAGCAUUAUUGUUAAAAACGAUUUAAACAAAAUAUAUCCCCUCCAAGGCAACCGCUUGAUGGCGAUUGUAGGCGAGGCGAACGACAGACAAGCCCUUGCUGACUUUGUUCAGCGUAAUAUCGCUCUCAAUUACUAUCGCAAUGGAUUAAAAAGCACCACGAGUUCGGUGGCGCACUGGGUCAGACAGGAGAUGUCCGAGAAUUUAAGAAAAGGGAAAUACCAAUGUUCAGUGUUAAUAGGAGGCGUAGACGAAGCACCCGAAUUGUAUUUAGUUGAUCAGUUGGGAGCUUUGGUUCAAGAAAACUAUGCCGCACAUGGCGUUGGAAGCCAUUUUGUUCUGGCGUUGCUCGACAAACACUGGCAUCAAGAUAUGGAAUAUCAAGAAGCUCUGCAACUGCUUGAGAAAUGCAUUGAUGAAAUCAAAAGAAGGGUACUUGUCUCGUCAAGCGAGUACUGUGUGGAGGCGUGCUUUAAAGAUAAGACAGUCACUAUAAAGGGUCCAAAGCCUUUCCCCCCUCAAAAUUAA